AUGGAACGCAUCUCCUCAGGACCUAUCAGACGGCCCAGCAGCAUCUACAGCGGAUCAGGUCACUUCCCAACCUCGCCUGUCGGCAGUGGUGCACCCGUCCCAGUCGUUUCCCACGACGACCAGUUCUCAAAUAACCCAGAGGACUAUGAUGUGCGUCUUCCAAUUGGAUAUGGCUCCUCGGCUGUUGUGUACGAUGCCUACUACAAGCCUUUGAACAGGCGAGUCGCCAUCAAAGUCAUCGACCUGGAUAUGUUUGAACGAAACCAGAUUGACGAGCUUCGGAGAGAGACCCAGGUCAUGGCUCUAUGCAAGCACCCCAAUGUCUUGCGUGUCAAUGGGGCGUUCGUGACCGAAAGCAAGCUGUACAUCGUUACGCCAUAUCUUUCUGCGGGAUCAUGUUUGGAUAUCAUGAAGACUGCCUACCCAGAUGGCUUUGAUGAGAUCUCGAUCGCCACCAUCCUGAAGCAAGCCUUACAGGGAUUGGACUACCUUCACAAGAACGGGCACAUUCACAGGCAAGUUGGGGAUGUGAAGGCCGGUAAUCUUCUAAUGGACGACGAUGGAUCGGUACUAUUGGCGGACUUCGGUGUAUCCUCGUCACUAAUGGAGAACGGAGACAGGCGCGGCAUGAGAAAGACAUUUGUUGGUACGCCUUGCUGGAUGGCACCAGAGGUCAUGGAGCAGGCGGGAUACGAUUACAAGGCCGAUAUUUGGAGCUUUGGUAUCACUGCGAUCGAACUGGCCACCGGCCAUGCACCUUUCGCCAAAUACCCUCCAAUCAAGGUCUUGAUGUUAACUCUCUCGAAUGACCCGCCCACACUGGAUCGCGAAUCAACCAAGCACCGCUAUUCCAAACUGCUCAAGGAGAUGAUCGACUCCUGCCUGCAGAAGGACCCUACCAGGAGACCCUCGGCCGAAAAACUGUUGAACCAUUCAUUCUUCAAGCAAGCUAAGAAAAAAUCGUACCUCGUGACGUCUCUGCUGGCAAAUCUCCCACCUCUGGAACAGCGGCCUCCCAAGAGUAAGUUUACGCCGCCAAAAAAAAAAAAAAUACUCAGGAUGCCUUCUUUUCAAGGACGUCUUUAUUAA